AUGAAUGAUUCAAACUUCAAUCUUGCUUCAAUCACCCCAAAUCAUCCUGCGACAACCCUGCGAUUUGCCGCUGGCCUAGUAUCCGCGAACUUGACAUUGGAACUUCUUUGCAUAUUCACGGUGUAUGCCCACGUCAUGGAAAGUAACAACUCUGAGAGCGACUCUGGAGCAUCUCGAAGAUGGUCUUUCAGACAACCUUUAAAGGCAAUGGGUGCCAAAUCAUUCGACAAAAACAAUUCAUUGAAGCAUCAAUCGAAGUCAAGUUCAAAAGAAGGUCAAACAGAAGUCGCUUCGAGAUCUACAGGUUUAGAUACCAGUACUCUGACUAAUAGCCAUCCUCAUAUAGGCAGCGAUGAUACAAAGAUUUCUGGGCGUAAGUUAAAGUUGACAGGCAGGGUACUCCAAACCCUCGUGACGAGGGCGUUGGAGAUCGCGGACCCUAACCCAGUGAAGGUCGCUUUGGGCCUUAUCAAAACUAUCAUUGAUGUGGCUCAAAUAAUUAAACAAAAUAAGGAUACAAUAGCAAGAGCAAUCGUCAAAACCGGGCAACGUCUGGAGCUGGUUGAAGCUACGUUGUCACAAAUUACGCUAGGAAGGAAGGAAGAGGAAGCAUUAUGGUUAAAUCAUUUCAAAACAGCUCUCCUUGAUUCAUUGAAUGAAUUGAAGGAACUUGACGACAAGUCAAAACUGGUAUCAGCUCUGGACCACGAAGAUAUUACAGUCACCAUUCGAGGCAUCUUUGAGCGCAUCGACGAUUCCAGGGUGGAAUUGGAGUUGGCAUUAGGGAUAAGGACCUUUAAGGCUAUCUAUCAAGUAGACAAAGCGUUCAAGGAUCAAUUUCUGGAACGCCUCAGGCCUUCCAAUAUUGCCCACCAUGAUUAUAAUCUCGAAGGUCAAGAAGGGCAGAUGUUACAUCGUCGCGUUUGUACCCCAGGAACACGUGUUGGCAUCCUGGGACAUAUUGUAGCUUGGGCUAAAGAUAUCUCGGAAACCAGUCCAAAGGUCUUUUGGCUUUUCGGUCACGUUGGAUCAGGGAAGACCACAAUUGCAUACUCCAUAGCUCGACGUUUUGAAUUUGCCGGAGAUUCUGAUGACACGAUCGUCCUUGGAGCAAAUUUCUUCGCUUCUCGACAAUUUGACGAAACACGACUUUCCAAGUACAUUGUGCCUACGAUCGUAUACCAUUUGGCACUCAAAUGUAAACCCUUUGCAGAAGCUUUGUACCAUUCUGGGCGGUUGGAAGUGAUCAACCAUAACAUUGCCACUCAGCUUGACGCUCUCCUUUUUGGCCCUUGGAAGAAAUGUGAAUCUGCUCGUCGUGCAGAUACAUCGAUUCCACAGCACUACCUCAUAGUCAUCGAUGCCCUUGACGAAAUAGAGCGAAGUGGAGGUUCACAAUUUCUGCUUAUUCUCUUUGAUAUUCUCAACAGGUAUCACCAAAACGACCUCUACGGUCUAAAGUUCUUCUUAACCAGCAGGACAAACAAGGAAAUCGUAGACCACGUAAAUUCUUUGCUGCGCAAAGAAAUAUAUCAUCUACAGGAUGUCAAGGAAGAGGAUGCCCGUGAGGAUAUCUCCAAAUACCUUCGUUCUUGUCUCCCGCACUUUGUAGGUCGUCCGGAACUGGAUGCGCUCCAAGAACACGCGGCUGGAUUGUUCAUUUACGCUGCCACAUUUGUAAAGCUCCUGGAACACCGUAAACCAGCAGAACAGAAGAGGGUGCUUAACAACCUUCUUUCCAAUCAGAAGGCGAGACAAUCGCAAUCCUCAUUACAAGACUCGCAGAUGUUACUCAACCGUUUAUACUACGAUAUUUUGAUUGAUGCCUUUGGGAGUCACAGUGGAGAUGAACGCAUGGACCGGCUCUCGAUAUUGUACACUUUUCUCUGUGCUAAAGAGCCUUUGACAAUAGCCGCUGCUGCUGAUAUUCUGUUCGAAGUUGACGUAGAAGAAGAAGAUCCCGAAUUCUCCUACCUCCCAGUGGCGAAGGACGUCGUAGAACGUCUUCACUCUGUCAUAUAUGUCAAAGACGACAGAGUUCUUUUCUACCACAAGUCAUUCCCAGAUUUUAUGAUGGACAAGGCCCGCUCUAGGGACUUUUGGCUUGAUCUACCAAAUCAUCAUCGACGUCUCACCAAUGAUUGCUUCCGGCUCAUGGAAAACAUGUUACGUUUUAAUAUUGCCAACAUACCAACCUCCUUCUAUUUCGACGAGGAAGUUGGAACGAUUAAAGCAGAAAUUGAACGCAAUAUUCCACCAAGCUUGCGGUAUGCCUGUCGGCAUUGGGAUCAUCAUCUAUGCUCUACUGUUCCAAUAACUUCUUCUGAGCCUCUGAACCAAACAUUAUCUUGUUUCUUAAAGCUCAAAGCCCUGUUUUGGAUUGAAGCCAUGAACUUGCUGGGGUUCCGUGGCCAUUGCUACCCCAUGCUUCAGGCCGCCAGAGAUUGGACUGCCACACUGUCUGAUACCAGUGCCUUAUUAAGCCGACAUUUUGCCGAAGCAGCUUAUUUUGCCGUGUAUUUUAGUGGAAGCCCUGCUUCCCUCUCAACUCCACACCUCUAUAUCUCUUCAUUGGCGACCUGGCCACGUAGCCUCCAUCCUUGCGGGAACUGGAAGGCGCACUUCCCUCGAAUUCCUCGGUUUCGCAAUGCUUUACAGGGCGGGACUACCGUAAUGUCUUUCCUGACAAAUGGCGAAGUCAUUUCAGUCGCUAUAUCUGCUGAUGAUACACAUAUUGUGGCUGGUUUAUCAGAUGGGUCAGUGCGAGUAUGGCAUGGUUUGACGGGUGAGGUGGAGCAUCUUUUGGAGGGUCAUGAUGAUCAGGUCAACUCUGUUUCGAUAUCUGGAAAUGGAGGAUUGAUAGCCUCAGGUUCAACCGAUAAAUCGAUUCGAUUGUGGGAUACUUUGACCGGGGAGGCAAAGGGUCUGAUCAAAGGUCAUAACAGUAUAAUCAACGCCGUCGCAUUGUCGAAGGAUGGAACUCAGGUUGUAUCUGGUGCCAGCGAUAAAUUGCUUCGAAUUUGGGAUACGUUAACUGGCACAUUGAAGGCGACUCUCUUGGGUCACCUCGCCAUAGUCAAGUCAGUCACUUUCUCCAGUGAUGGGUCCCGGAUUAUAUCUGGUGCGGCAGACAACUCGAUUCGGGUUUGGGAUGUGUCCACAGGCACGGAGGUUUAUUCUUUGAGUGGUCAUACGGACUGGGUAUAUUCCGUUGCGUUCUCGGAUGACGGCACAAGCAUAGUCUCUGGCUCAGCGGAUGGGUUAAUCUUAAUUUGGGAUACUUCAAAGCGGGAAGUGACGAAGACUCUGAAGGGCCAUAUAGGGUUGGUAAAAUCAGUGGCGUUUUCAUUGGACGGAACCCGUAUUGUUUCCGGUGGAACUGACUGUUCGGUGAGACUGUGGAAUGUCUCCACAGGCAAGGAAACCAACCUAUUCAAGGGUCAUGUCGAUUAUGUGUAUUCGGUGGCAUUCACUGGAGACGGUACCCGCAUCAUAUCCAGUUCAGCGGAUAGAACUAUAAGAAUGUGGGACGCCGUAAGAGGAGAGGAAGAGGUGCACAUAACUCAGGGUCACUCAAGUGCCGUCAAGUCAGUCGCUAUUUCUCGGGAUGGUUCUUUGAUUGUGACUGGGUCAAGCGACAAGUCAGUUCGAGUAUGGAGCGGAGCGGGCCAGGUCAUGCAUGUGCUGAUGGGUCACAAAGGCUCAGUAAACUCAGUUGCUAUCUCGGAAGAUGCAACUCUCGUCGUUUCCGGCUCUUCUGAUAAUUCAAUUAGAGUCUGGGAUGCUCUUACAGGCGAGCAAAAAUGUUUGCUGGAGCGUCACACAAGCUCGGUUCAGUCGGUCUCGUUUGCCGGAAAUAGCACGAGUCGGAUUAGGUCUGGUUCGGGUAAAAAAAUUAUUCGAUUGUCCGACGACUGGGACUUUGUGAUGGAACAGGAACACAAGUUUUCGUUGAAAUCCAGGGAUAGUCGUUAUUACAACCCCAGUCCGGCGGAUUGCUGCUGGAAUCGACGUGAAAAACCUUGGGUGAACUCAAUAGCAUUUUCACCCACUGCCAUAAUUGCUGUAGCGGGCCUGGAUAACGGAUUGGUGCAAUUGAUCACUGUCGCAAACGGACACCUGAGGAAAGUGACGAACUUACAGCGACAUAGUGCAUCAGUAAAUUCUGUCACAUUUUCGAGAGAUGGGUGCAGAAUUGUGUCAGGAUCGGAUGAUGGGACUGCCCAUGUCUCGAGCGUUAACCUUACCUUUGAUAGAGGAAUAAUUUUAGCGAAAUGUGACCUCAUUGGAACAUUGGAAUGUCACUGGCAAGUCCAAUCAGUUUCCUUUUCAAACGACGGACGCCGUAUAGCAGCUGGUCUAGCUGAUGGCUCAAUUAUAAUCUAUCAUGCGUCGAAAUUCUAUGCUCUGUACGGAAUGUAUGGCCACAGAAGCUCGGUCAGAUCACUGACGUUUUCGAUGGAUAACACCCGCCUUAUAUCUGGAUCCGACGAUGCAUCAGUCCGAGUUUGGAAUGUAGCUUCGAUAGAGAAAUGGGAGCUGCAGAUGGAACUCUGGUGUAAGCUGGAAAAUGCGACGAAUGGUGCACCGCCUUACUCCAUUUCUCCGGACGACAACGAUCGCUUGGACAUGAUGAAGUUUUCCAACUUCAAAAUGGGCGAAGUCAUGGGCGAAGAAAGAUUUCAGGGUCUUACGGACACCCUGAAACUUCCCCUAAAUGACUGUUCUACAUUCGAAGUAGAACCUCAAGAUAUUCGCUAUGUUCAUCAAAGGGCCUUGGUUAUGGACAGUUUAAAUGUCACUGGAUGGCUUUACAUGCCACUCGACGUCAAAUAUGGCAAGUAUCUCAUGUUCGUUCCGCCAAGUGACCAGCUUCCAGACGACAGCAAUAUCAUAACAAUACCCGAAUCUUGCGUUUCGCGGGUUGACUUCACAGAUGCGAAGAUUGGGGAUGAAUGGUCAUUAUGUUAUUCUCCGAAGCCUAUGGAAUAG